UCUAGGGCGCCAGCGCGGGGAUAGGAAAUGCGGGCAGUGGUAGCGAAGGGGCUUGGCGGGCCGGAGGUGCUCGAGCUGCGCGAGGUGCCCGAUCCUGAUAUCGGCGACGACGAGGUGCUCAUCAAGGUCGCGGCCGCGGGAGUGAACCGCGCCGACCUCCUGCAGCUCAAAGGCCAGCACCCUCCGCCGCCGGGAGCCCCACCCUACCUGGGCCUCGAGUGCUCCGGCGUGAUCGAGCGCCUGGGCGCGCGCGUGGAUGGAUGGAAAGUCGGGGACGAGGUGUGCGCGCUCCUGGGGGGCGGGGGCUACGCCGAGAAAGUUGCGGUGGCUGCGAGCCAGCUUCUUCCAAUCCCGCGAGGGGUCUCGCUGCGUGAUGCCGCGUCCUUGCCCGAGGUUGCGUGCACGGUGUGGUCCACCGUCUUCAUGGCGUGCCACCUCUCCGCCGGGGAGAGCGUCCUCAUACAUGGCGGCAGCAGCGGGAUUGGCACCUUUGCCAUCCAGAUGGCGAAGUCGAUUGGAGCCCAAGUCUUUGCUACUGCUGGAUCGGAGAAAAAGCUCGACUUGUGCAAGCAGCUGGGAGCGGAGGUGGCGAUAAACUACAAGGAGGAUGAUUUCGUUGCGCGCGUGAAAGAGGCCACCCACGGGGAAGGUGUGGACGUGGUACUGGACAUGGUGGGAGCGUCUUAUUUCGAGAGGAACCUGGAGGCCCUCGGCAUGGAUGGGAGGCUGUUCAUAAUCGGCUUCCAGGGCGGGGCCUCGGGCCAGCUGAGUUUGCUGCCGAUACUGAAGAAACGGCUGAUAGUCUCAGCCGCGGGAUUGCGGACUCGAGCUCCAGAGAGCAAGGCGCAAAUCGUAGCGGAGGUGUGGCAGAAUGUGUGGCCGGCGGUGGAGGAACGCAAGGUGAAGCCGGUGAUUUACAGGGUUUUCCCGCUGGAGGAGGCGGCCCAGGCCUUGCAGCUCAUGGUCGCCAACCAGCAUUUCGGCAAGAUCUUGUUGACGCCCUGACCUCGGCCAUCUUUCUAUUAUGUGAAUUAUGUGAAAUGUAUAUGUACAUGAUAGGGAUUAAGCAAUUACAAUGCAAGAUUUUCAAGUGAGCACGCUA